AGGACCCCGGGGAGGGGGCGGGACCCCCCAAAAUCCUGCCGUGCCCCCCCAGGUACACGUACGAGGUGGCCCCGGUGCUGGUGCUGCUGGAGGAGCAGGUCCUGGCCAAGCUCCGGGAGCUCGUGGGGUGGAGCGGCGGCGACGGGAUCUUCGCUCCCGGGGGCUCCAUGUCCAACAUGCUGGCGAUGAACGUGGCGCGAUUCCGGCGCUUCCCGGAGGCUCGGAGCAAAGGGAGCCGGGAAUUGCCGCGGCUGGCGCUGUUCGCGUCCAGGGAGAGCCACUACUCGAUCCCAAAAGGCGCCGCUUUCCUGGGAAUCGGCACCGACAACGUUCACCUCGUGCCCACGGACGAGAGGUGGGUGAGGGGGGGGGAUCCUGG